CUCUCCCUGGGUUCUUCAAAUUUCAGCGUCUUAAAUAGAAAGAAGGGUGAAAAGUGAGGAGUAAGAAUGUCAAGCGACAGAUGCAGCCAUUGGUGCUAUAGCUGCAGACAGCCAGUAAACCUUACAAGACAAAAUGUGACUUGCCCGAACUGCCAUGGAGGGUUUGUGCAAGAUCUUGAUGAGGUUACUGCCACUGAAACCGAAUAUGAUGGCGAGGAUAACUAUCACCAACGGCAGUCGAGGUUCAUGGAAGCCAUCUCCAGCUUCUUGAGGCGGCAAAUGUCAUCAUCAAGAACAGAUAGGCGUCAGCCUGAACCAAGUAACCCUUCUUGGAACCCAUUGCUGAUUUUUAGCGGCGACGUGCCAGCUGGAGGCAAUAGCGGCGGAGGAGGAGGGAUGACAGAGUUUCUGAACGAGGCUCUCGGAUUCAGAAGAGAACAUGGAGGAGGUGAUUAUUUCAUUGGUCCUGGUGUGGAAGAGUUCUUUGAUGAUAUAAUCAGCAGCAAUAACAACCGAUCGGUCCCUCAAGCGGCUUCAAGAUCUUCUAUUGAGUCCCUUCCUAAGGUCAAUAUAUCAAGAAAGCAUGUCCGUUCCGAUCUUCAUUGCCCAGUCUGUAAAGAUAAGUUCGAAAUGGGGACCGAAGUGAGAAAACUUCCUUGUGAUCAUUUGUAUCACGCGGAUUGUAUCAUUCCGUGGCUCCAACAACGCAAUUCCUGCCCGGUUUGUCGCCGAGAGAUGGAACCGGAGAGAUUGGGUGAUCACUGCGAUGACCUUAGUGACUCCCGGAGUCAAAGUCGAACCAACUCAAUGAGACUUUUUGAGAGGAGAAGGGAGAGGGGGAGGAGAAUGUGGUCUUUCUUGUGGCCCUUCAGGUCUUCUCGUUCUCGCCGCCGUGGUGGAGUUCCUGAAACCAACAUAGAGGCCACCAACCUGCAGUAUAGUCAUCAUCACCAUCAUGUUAGUGAGUACUCUAGCUGGCCAUUUGAAUAGAAGAUUAGAAGUUAAUCCUCUGUUUAGUCCAUGUGACUAUCCACUGUUAAUCUAUUUGGUCUCCCUAUAUGCAAUUUUAUUAUAAUGUAUUUGGUUCUAAAUAAAAGAAUAUUUUGUCAAUUCAC